CAGUGUUUAGAGUGACUUUCUUAUCGUGGAUGCGCCGGAAGCCCUAACCUGCAACGGCCUGCGGUUACAUCAUCCUGAUCGAAGCAUCCAAACUCAAUUCCGCAACAUUCAUCCAGCAGUACCUCGGAUCCAGACUAUUUUUAUCUUCAUCUGAUCUGCUCCUGUUGAUUUAACCAGUUUGCCUGUAUUUUAUCUGACUCGAUUUUAAACCCGCAUACAACAAACACCACCACAACGACCAAGAGACAGUAAUUAUGUCUAUCUCAGGGAUCGAUCAAGUUCCCUUCUCCUACGCAACCUGUUCCAUCGGCUCUCCCUCAUCCCCUCUCCCAGAGAAGCUGUCUGCUCUCAGCAACGCAGGUUUCACCGCAGUUGAACUCGCCUUUCCUGACAUCCUUUCAUACGCCGCCAGCCUCAAUGGCCAUGAUGUCGCCCCAGACAACUAUCCCGAGCUUGUCAAAGUCGCAAAGAAAAUCCGCCAACUCUGCGACACCCACAAUCUCAAAGUCAUGAUGCUGCAACCCUUUGCCAACUUUGAGGGCUGGCCACGAGGAUCCAAGGAGCGAGAAGACGCCUUCAAGCGAGCCAACGGAUGGAGCGAGAUCAUGACCGCGGUAGGGACCGACCUGCUUCAAGUCGGCUCAACCGACGCCCCCAACGACAAACUCACUACCUCCCAAGAAGAUAUCAUAACCGACCUGCGCGAACUUGCCGACCUCCUCGGAACACGCAACCAACGCAUCGCAUACGAAAACUGGUGCUGGUCCUCCCACGCUCCGACCUGGAAACAAGUCUGGGAAAUCGUCCGCGCUGUCGACCGCCCAAACAUUGGUCUCUGUCUGGAUACAUUCCAAACAGCCGGCUCCGAAUUCGGUGAUCCCACCACCUCAUCCGGUCAUAUCGAGGACUCAUCCCUCACCACCGAACAACUCACCCAACAAUACAACACCAGCUUAGACGAGCUAGCACGCACCAUCCCCGCAGACAAAAUCUACCUUCUCCAAGUAUCAGACGCCUAUAAACCCCUCUCGCCAUUCAAAAACAAGGACAUCGACAGCGCAAGGCCCCGCGCCCGAUGGAGCCACAGUUUCCGACCCAUGCCAUAUCGCGGCGGGUAUUUGCCUAUCGAGGAGAUGGGGCGGGCCGUCCUGAAGACCGGGUUCCGGGGCUGGUUCUCCAUGGAGAUCUUUGAUGGGGGCAAGACGGGCAAGGAAGAGCCGAGUGAGAUGGAGCCAUAUGCGAAGCUCGCAAUGGCGAGCGCGAAGAAAUUUCUGGAAAAUUGUGCAGCUGCCUAAGUUGUCAGUGCUGUUAUAUAAUGCAUGUGGCUAUGCCAGCAAGUCAUUGUUUCGUAUUCAUUACUCUGGUUUAGGUUAUGGACAUCGCCUUUUGACAGGGACCCACUCCAAUUUACGUAUGAUGUUUUUUUGGUGUCCU